UAAAUACUAUCCCCCGCCGCCUUGAAGAAUAUUUGAAAGAUCUCAUUUACUUUACCGCACUUUAUAAGUUUAUUAAAGCUACAAUUGGAAAUAUUUAAUACGAAUCGAAUAGACUUGAAGGUGUGGCUUAAAAGACUUGUAUCCGAACCAUAAAUAUUGGAAAAAAAACUGUUUGACAGUGACAAUAUAAUGUCAACCGUCAAUAAAAGUUUUGUGGGGUUUCACCGAAUCGUUUCGAGUUUUGUUUAUCAAAAAUUAUCUUAAAAAUCGGGUAGUUUGAUAAACACUUCCUGUACAGAAAUUAAAUAAGAACCCCCUUUAUUCUUAGAUUCGACAUCGAAGAAUACUGACUAUUCUUAGUUAAAGAAAGUUUGAAACAUAAAUAUUGCCAUUUAAGUUACGUUAUAUAUUUUACUGUGAAACUUGUUGAAGAUUUCUCAUUAGAAAUGGAUGAACCCGAGACAAAAACUUGUUCAAAUUGCAAACGUGAGAUUCCAGCAGUGAACUUCACCAUCCAUACAGUCCACUGCGCGCGGAAUAUCAAAGUAUGCCCCGUCUGCAAGGAGCCCGUGCCGCUCGCCGACUUGGCUGACCACCAUGAAACGAUGCAUAAGCUAUUGCCCUGCAAGAAAUGUGGCGAGCAGGUGUGCGGGACAGACCUGGAGGAUCACAUCCGCGAUUCUUGCGCUCACACCAUCCAGACCUGCAAGUUUUGCGAGUUGGAGCUCCCACGUCGCGAUCUGCCUCUACACGAAGGCUACUGCGGCGUGCGCACGGAGCAGUGCGAUCAGUGCCGCGAGUGGGUCAUGAUCAAGUACCGCCAGCUGCAUCUGGACUCUAACCACGGCUUCCUGCGGCUGGACGACGAUCCUCCCCCGCCGAAGAAAGAGGUCGCCAAAGUGGCACGGCUACCUAAACAUUCCAACAUAACUGCAGCUUCCACCAGCCAAGUGUCAUCCAACGGUCCCAUUGGUACAUCGAACGGAACCACUGCCGGGCCUUCAACAAGCAACGCUCCCAGAACUAUAAUAAACAGGUUCAGCGAAAAUGACGACAGAGAGAAAGGGACAAAAGAAGUAGACGAGCAGGAUGAAUCAACGCGUAUUUGGAGGCAACGGGCGUUCCUGGAGACUUCUAGACAAGUCAAACUGCCCAAAAGAACCAAUGAUCAGCCCCAGAUUAACACCAAUACGGAGGAGAAGCCUAAGAAUACGACGAAGAAAUUAAUCAACAAGAAGCGGCAGGCGCCUCCGCCCCCCUCACCGGAGCCCCGACGCGACCUGCCAUACUACAGCGCCAUGCAGCGGAAACAAGACGAAGAACAACUACGCAGGGAACAGACCGCAUACAACUUGGCACGAGGUCUGCCGCCGGUGUUGAGUCCGGCCGCCAAGCUGGAGCGACUCCGCAAGAUGGACAGACUCGCCAACUGGGACACGGAGCCGGGGCCCAGUCGACCACAACCACAGAGCAACAACGACACAGAACAAAGAUGGAACCCGGAAGAGUUACGGAACCUUAAGCCGAUGACUCCGGAACAAUUCGAGCGUCGGUUCAACGCCCUCCGGCUAGCUUCCGAUUCUGGAGGGGCAAGCGGGGCCAGUGGGUCUAGUAGCGGAACCAGUGGGAACGGUAGCGGGGCGAAUAAGAAUAUUAAUGUUGCCAAUAAGAAUAAUAUUGGGGCCAGUAGAAAUAACAGUGGGGCCAAUGGUAACGAUAUGAGGACCAAUGGGAAUGACGGGGCGGCCAGCAGGAAUAACUGGAGCGCCAAUGGGAGAGCAGAUCGGCAAGCUGCUGGGGACAGAUUUAAUGAGAUCAAGUCAUCGCUACGAGAGUUGAGAAGGGGACUCAAUGAGGUCACUGCCCCCUACAACUCUACCCCUGUCAAUAAGGAAGUCGAUCGUCAGCGCUCGCGCGGGCAGGAAAGGCGGCGCGCGGGGGAAAGAGACGGACAUGUGGAGGGAGCGAGAGGGGACGAUGACGCGCCCGCCUCUGGGGAGGAGGUGCGCCUGCCCUGCGAGUUCUGCGGGGGGCUGCAGGUGCUGCAGGAGCUGGUGCUGCAUCAGACUGGGUGUCGGCCGGAUCUGGCUCAACUGAGGACAGCCACUGGCGGGGCUAUGAGUGGGGGGGGCAGACCGACGAGGGUGCUUCACCAUACCCCCUCCCCGCAGCCGGAUUAUGAUGAUGAGCCCCCGGUCAUACCCUGCGAGUUCUGCACUGAGUCUCUGCCGCUAUAUCUUAUAAGCGAACACCAGGAGCGUUGCAGGCGAGAUGCGAGUCCUCUUUACGUGGACUAAACGUAAGUGUUCUAACGUCCACAGUUUGGAUUUGGAGAUUAAGAAAAUUAAGCACGGUUCACAGGGGCCAGAUAUAUGAUGGGUGAUCGAUCCUUGAAUGGCAUAAGGCGGUCGAGAUUUCAGCGUCUGCGCAUGUUCAACUCUUUAUUGAAUAGAUUAAUUGUUUCAUAGGCUAUAAUAAGUAUGUUAGGAUAAUUGAUUCGUGAUUUAUCGCGAUAGAAAAAGGAAUUUAAUAUUAGAUUUUCAGCGUUAUUUUUUAAAAGAGACGUCACAAUUUUUAAAAGUAAAUAUAAGUACUGCAAUAUAAACCGCAUCACUUUGAAUAACUAUUGUAUUAUCACUCUUUGGUUAGUAAACCAUCACCUCUAAAUGUUCAUCACAUAUUUUGCAAUCUAGUCUGUAACAUGAUCUUAUUUAUCUAUUUCAGUAGAUUUUAAUUUUCGUCUCCAAGUGUGUAAAAUGUUCAUAAAAUCGCGCAUAGAUUUUUUUUUUUUCACGUAUUUUUUUUAUUGCGUAUGUGCAUUUAUAAUGCAUUUAUUGAACAAACGAUAUGCCAUCGCUUCAAAAUAAAUUGAAAUAUUUACGUUUCAUUGAAGUAUUUAAAAUUUAGAUGUUCGCAUGAAAAUCUGAAAAGUCUUUUUAAAUGCUUAACGUAAUAAUACAAUUAAAUUUGUCUGUCUUUAAAUGAAAUAGAUCAUGCUUAACAAUAAAGAUGCGAAUCUAACUUGCUGUCUACCUGUAUGCUUUCUCGCCUAAACCGAUUUUGACGAAUUUUGGCAUAAAAAUAGAGGAGACAGGGUACUUAUUGUCGUGAAAAUUAUAUAGUAUGUAGUAAUCAUUAAUCAACUCGGACGAAGCCGCGAGUGUACACUAUAUUCAGAUAUCUUUUAACAAAUAACCAACACGAAUGAACUGAAUCGACUCGUGUAAUUAUUUUACUGAUGUUACCCACGCUAUAUUGAUCUAGAUACAAUGAAAAACUUCAUAUAAAAGCGAAGAUAAUAUUUUUUAUUUUAAUUCUGUUAAAAAGCCCUACUACUGAUAAAAAUUCAUUAUAUAUCAGUCGAACGUUCACUGUACAUUUCCUACAUACAUACUUUUAAAACUUGUUCACAUUAUAUCAAUAACACCGGCACACAAAAAGAAUAUUGUCUGUACACUGGGCGCCACCUAUCUACGGGUAUUUUUUUCGACCCGCUGAAUACGUAUUUCAAGUCAGUUUAGGCCGUCCAGCCUUCAAUUUCGAUCAAAUUGCAAAAAAUCCCAAAAAAAUUUAAUUCGAUUUUAUGGCAAGAAAAAAAUUUUUGAGAUCUAAGGCAAGCAUAAUUCUCAUGUAUUUUGAUCUGUUAUAUACUAUUUUCGAUCGUACUUUAAUCAUAAACCGUUUUAUAUCUAAAAAAAUUGUAAAAAAUCAUCAAAAAUUGCAAAAAUCGAAGCAAAUUGGGAUUAUCUUGCUAUAAAAACUUUUUGGACCCGGAUUGACGAAGAUUUUCGUGUAAUUGUGACGGCCUAAACUGACUUGAAAUUCAUAUUGAGCGGGGCGAAAAACAUGCUCGUAGAUAGGUGGCGCCCGGUGUACAGACAUUUUUUUUGUGUGCCGGUGUAAUUAAGUACUUGUUCACUAAAAAUACGAAGUUCAAUGAAACAGAGAUAUCAUUUCGUUAGACCACGCGAGUUUUUAUACAGCCAACGACUCGUUAGUUACAAUAUACGUGUCGAUUCCGGCGUGAUUCUUUAAACUUAAAACAAAAUUUAACAUCAGUCUCUCCUUUUCAUUCUAUAUAGAGAAUGCCAAGGAUACACUGUUGUCAAAUUUAAGUUUAGGUUUAGAGAAUCAUGCCAGAAUCGACACCUUAACAAAGUAGUACCUUUAUUAUGUUACAGUUUCAGUUACAUUUGUAUUUGAUACAUUAGAACAUCAUAACAUCCAGCUAGGAUACAUUUAUAAAAUUCCAUUUUUUCAACUUACGACUCAUCCAUUCAAAAUCUGGUAUGGAUGAGAAGUUUUUACACCAACCGCAAUUACUGUAGGUGUAAAAAAAUAAUGUGGGUGUACAAACUAUUCUUCGUAUUACAGACUAUACUUCAUAUAAAUAUGUAACUGAUUGUAUAAUUGCUUUUAAAAUAUUUCACAAAGGGUUCAUUCAUACAGGUAUUUUGAAUUUCCUUAAUUUUGGAAAGGAAUGAAGUAGGUAGGUAAAAUUUUAAUACACGUUUUACAAAAUAAAUCUAAAAUGAUCUUUCUGUCUUUACGAAUAAGACAGAGAUAGAUGUUAUCAGAUCUUAUUGUUAUUGGAGUAAAGGAUAAAUAGUAUGUAAGUGAUUUGAAAACGCGUUCUAUACCUAAAACGCACAUAAUGUCAGUAGAUUAAGGUUGAAAAUUGAAUAUCAUCGCAAAAUAACAAUAAAAUAUUCAUUAGACAUAGGAUUUAUUGAAAAACUUAAGUGUAAUAAUUGUAGCUAAUUCAUUGAAAAUAUACCCAUAUUAAAAUGACAAGAUUAUCUCUACCACAUCUAACGCUCAAAUUACUUAUGAAAUUUCUUCUUAUUUUGAUUAUCUUUAAGGUUUUGUAUAACAUGUUAAAUAAAAAUAAUGAUUGUUUAUGUUUUUAUUUAUUUUUAAGCAUUUAACUGCUAGAUGUUUAAAUCUAAAGAAAAAUUUACUAGAAAAAAAUGGGGACCAGGCAGCGGAUGGGACACGAACCCGCACCCUUUGCAAUCCGGGCGAAUGCACUGCAUGUGCGUGCGUGUGGUCCGCGUGGAUUUUUUUCUAGUAAACUAUUCUAAUGAUUGUUUAGUUAAAAACAUACCAAAAAUAAUGUAGAGGUUUUAUUUAAUGUUCAAUGUAUAUGAUUUCAUUAUAACACUAUUAUGACGGAUUAAAAAGCGUCAAAAAUUAGGUAUUAUAUUAUAUUAAAAAUGCAAUGUUAUGAAAAUUUAAUAUAGUUUUAGUUUUAAACGACAUCUUAAAUUUUAAUAACAAACUUGAAAAUCCUUUUCAAGUGUUUUUGUAUAUUAUUUGACAUAUAUUUAUUUUUAUUAAUAAUAUUUGAGUAAAUUUUAACAUAAGUAAUUGUAUAAUUAAAAAUUACACGUUUGAUAGUGAAUUAUAUGAAAUACAGCACUGACUGCCAUUAUGUAUUUAAUAUUAGGUAAAUAGUAAACAAACAGUGGUGUCCAUUCUGGCUCGGUUCCCUAAACCUAAAAUUGCCAAUCGUGUAUCCUUGUGAUUUUUUUUACAGAAUGAAAAGGAGAGAAUGAUGUUAAAUUUGGUUUUAAGUUUUCGUGACAGAAUCGAUACUGUUUAAAGGUUGACUAAGAUAAUUUUAAGGUAUUAACUUGCUCAUUUCUACUAACAUUUCUAUAAACUUUCCUAGAAACGACAUAAAAUGAAAUAUCAAUGUUUUAUUCGACUGACAAAAAUGUUACUCUCUAAACAACUUUUUAAACUGUAUAAUAUGAAUAAAGAUAGUUGUAUACUGUUUAUUGGACACUUUUAUAUGAUUCGAGUUGAUUAUUGGCAAUAAAUAAAACCGUUUGAUGUGAACCCACCUUGAAAUUAGAAUAGGCUUGUGUCAACUAACAAUAAAUCGAAUGGGUUAAAGUUUAUAAAUAUGAAUUAUGAUAUACAGAUAACAAAAAAUAAAGUUAUUUAUCAUAAUAACGAAAGAUUAUUAUUAUUUUUAGAAAAUAAAUUCGAAUAAAAUGGGCAUUAGAUCACGUGACGGCAAACACCAAUCAGAAAGACUGACGUCACCACGUGCAAAACAUUACUUGUGGUUGCCGUUUCCAUACAUUUCAUUGAUUUCUCAUUCAUGUUAUUGUUACUUUGAUACAAUUUAUCAGUUUGUUUUCAGAUAAUUAUUGAAAGGAAGCCUAAUAUAUCCAUGGAAUUGGGAUUUACCGAAGCAAAUAAUAAUAUUUUAACCAAAACAAAAAUUAAUCGCAUAGCUACUCGAGAUAAUUAAGCAUAUCAUUUGGUAACUAGAACAAGAAUAAGAAGUGUUUAUUAUUAUCAAUAAAUAUACUGAACUCUCAAAUAGACUCUACAUCAUACCAUAAAACUAAAUCAACUUACCUAAAACCUCAACCUAUUGUUAUUGUUUCAUCAAUAUAAUGCAAUAUAAUUUAUCCGGCUUGUAUAACAUUUUGAUUUCAUAGAUUAUGUUAUGCAAAAUACUUACAUCAAAAUGUUCAUCACAAAAUUAUUCUUGUAUUUGUUGAUAAACAAUGAAUAGGUACCAUCCCUCCUUGUAAGUUCUAACCAUUUUUUCCUGGCAUAUAAAUAAUUUGCCUGGCAUUUUAUGUUUGUCCUAUUACACUAGGACAUUAUACAGUACUUGUAAUACGAUGGAUUCAUUUUUAACUAAAUAAUUUUAAUAGUCGGCGUACAGUGUAUUGUUUGCUUUGCACGGUGUGACGUCAUUCAAUACGCCAUGACAGUCUAGAGCGUUUUCGAGGGAAAUUUGAAUUAGUUUUUUAAAAUACAAAAUACAUAUUGCUAAUGUACUUUUUUAUUUAAAAUAAUAUUUUUUUUUGGGUUAAAUUAACAUCAAGGUAUACGAUUAACUACUUUUCAAAAUAUAGGCAACUAACCUAUUCUAUUCAUCACAAUUAUAUUGUUCGUAAUAUACUAAUAUAUGUUUUAAUACCUAUUAUAUAAUGUCAAGAGCCAAGCUUCUUGCUCACCGCUACACUCAGAGACAUUUUGUUACAUUAAUUUCUUUUUGGCAGUAAAGAAAAAUGUUUUCUCAAUUUUAAUCAAAUGUAAUAUUAAUUAUCGUCUCUAAGCAUGAGUUUCACCAACUUACUUUAACUGUUCAGAUAAGUACUGGAUAAGUAAAAAAUGGUUUGCACUAUAGUCAAAAUGAGGUCAUAUUCCGGCAGUGAUAAUAACUGUCCUCGAUGAGCUCGAUUGGUUAGCGCGUUCGGCUGCGAUCGUUGAAGUUAAGCAACUUUCGCAGUGGUCGGUCAUUGGAUGGGUGACCAAGAAUUCUCUACCUCGCGUUCCUCCGUGCUUCGGAAGGCCGGUUAAGCCGAUGGUCCCGGCUGCAUCUGCAGUCGUUAGCACCCGCCAAUCCGCACUGGGCCCGCGUGGUGGGUACUGGCCCAAUCUCCCUAUUCCAUCCUGGCCUGUGCCCGGCAGUGGGGAAAUUAAUAGUCAUUAAUAGUUUUUUGGUUUGUAUCUCUGCGUUUGCUUAAACGAUUUCGAAAUAUUAACAAAUGUAUAUUUGCGAAUUCAUUUCACCGACGAAGAUACUUUGUCAUGGCAAGGCUAGCGCUUCACAUGGCUAUUCGUCGCAAGAUUACUUUGUCAUUUUUUUUGACAAGUAUUUAUCCUUGUCAUGCUUUUUUUUAUUAACAAAUAGCAAAUACGAAUAGCGUAAUGUGAGAUGUGAAUGUGCCGAAAUAAACUUAAUUUAUUUGUGGUGGUGUGAAGCAUCUUUAAAAAAAACUUAAAGUAAAUUUAAUUAUAAUUAGAUAGUGUUAAGAGCGGACGCGAGCUGAGAGACAUUUGAGAAAUACUUAUUUGAAAAAACUAUUGCUGUCACGUAUCGGCAAAUAGCGUGCGAUAGGGACAACAGUAGUAGACGCUGAAAAUUGCAUAUAAACAUUGCAAAAUUUUAAGUUUGGCUCAUGACGAUUUCCUCCUCGAAAAUUAUAGAUUUAUGUAAAAUAAAUUUUACCCAUAGAAUAAUAAGUAGUUAUUCUAUGCCUCUAUGUUUGCAUUUUUUUGUAAAUGCUUAUUAAAUCUCCACAAUAGACGUCUUAAGUGGUGAUAACAAUGUAUUUGUAUUUGUCAUUAUUGAGGGCUUCUAGUUUAAUUGAAACACAAGUUAUCAGAAGAAGGAAGACAUAGGAGCACAGAAUGCAUAAAAUUAUAUUUUAUGUAUGAAAAUCAAUUCUUUAGUGAUUAAAAACAAGGAGAAAUCAGUCGAGAACGUUUGUAUGAAAGUAAAAACACUGCCCGCCUCCCCUCUUAAUAUACUUGACGGGCUUUUCACAAUAGGGGUGAUGACGGGGUACAGCAAACGAAAUCCUAUUAAGUCCGUCAGUUAGAUGUUCAAAAAAUAAUGGACACAUAUUUUUUCUUUGGGCAAUCAACCAAAAAAUGACAAAGUUAUAGCGCGUCAAAGUUUGGGAGUAAUGGCUCGUGACGUCACUUUUGAGUGAAAAUUGUACCAAAAAGUGACGUCAUGCGCCUUUCUAAAUCAAUAUAUCUCUGCAAUAUUUAUAUUACGUGAAAAAAGAAAAAAUACGUGUUCAAUACUUUUUGAUAAUCUACCAGAUAAACGAAGAAAAAAUAGUCAUCAUCCCUAUUGUACGUAAUAUUAAUGCAAUUAAUUACAAUUUAAACAAAAUUAUUGAUAUCAGGGAGAAAAUGUGAUUUUAGAAGCUAGUCGAGGCCUGUACUGGCCUAAAAGAAGACUUAACGUGUUAAAACAAUUUUAUACGUAUAAAUACUUAACCAAUAUGCGUUGAACGUCUUAUCCCAGCACUCGCAUAGCUAUGCGUAUUUGAUAUUUUCACAGCAGGUUUUCCUCAUCAUACUCUGCUUAAUGACAAGGAGGGCCUGUUGUCAAGAUUACAAAUAGCGAAUACGAGUAACCAUGUAGAAUGCCGGAGUUUCUUACAUGUUUUAUGUUGGUAGGUGGUCACAUAUAUUUGUUAAUAGAUGGCGCCACUGACGCUUAUGCGACGAGUCUGUGCAGAAAGAGAAUGGGAUUUAGAUUGGAGGGCGCUGUAGUGUUUUUCUAUCGUAGUUGUAAGGUUUUACCCCUUUUAGAUGUGAUUAAAUACAAAAAACCGCAAGGAAUCACAACAAACGAAUCCGUAUCAACACAAAACUUUGACGUUUUGCAGAUUGCUGGGUUUGAUUGCCAAAUAAAAAUCUUAAUGUUAGUUCCGUUUUUCGCCACGCCCAUUCUCUUUCCGCACAGACUCUACAGUUUAUCGUCUUUUUAUGUAAACAACGAAGAGGUAAUAUUAAGUUUCUGUAAGCCAAAGCAGUAAUUGAUUUGAUACUUCAUAAAUAUUCUUUGUCCUGUCGGUCUGUCAGCAGCGCUAUCUACAACUAGAGCUUAGGACCGCCCCGUCGGCGUCGAUAUGUCUCUGGAGUAAUAUAAUAAGCUGUUUGUUUUUAUCUCAAAAUAUAUAAUUAAACUGUUUAUGGCUAUUUUAUGUUUUUAUGUUGUAUUCACUAAUAUAAAAUAUUGAAAAAUGAUAGUGUGUAAGCAUUUCUACAGAAUGUAUUGUUAGUGUCUUGGGUAUCGAGAGAGUUUGAAACCACACCUAUGUUCAGUACAGUUAACAGUAGAUAGAGUCUGUGCGGAAAGAGAAUGGGAUUUAGAUUGGAGGGCGCUGUAGUGCUUUUCUACAGUAUUUGUAAGGUUUUACCCCUUUUAGACAAUUAAAUACAAAAAACCGCAAGAAAUCACAACAACAAACAAAUCCGUAUCAAUACAAAACUUUGAUGUUUUACAGAUUGCUGGGUUUGAUUGUCAAAUAAAAAUUUUAUGUUAGUUCCGUUUUUCGCCACGCCCAUUCUCUUACCGCACAGACUACAUCCGGUGAUGCUAAAAUGAUCAAAUUUGUGCAUGGGUUUUCAACUUUACGCCUAUGGAAAGAAAGUUGAAACUUUUUAUAAUUUGUCGUAACAUGAUUUACUGUUAUUUGUACUACGGACAUGGAUUUCUAGCACGCGUUUAUUUAAGAUAAGGGAUUAACAGGAAUAUUAAUAGUAUGUAUAACAUUUUGUUAAUAUUCUCAAAAUUGUAGGUUUUAGGUGAAAUAGUCAGGUCAGUUUUGGCUCCCAAUAGAAACACGUGUGUGGGUAAUCAGUAGGAUCAAGGAACUUAAAUAUGACAACACCCUUAGCACGAACUGUCAUUGUCAAAUUUUGUAUGGAAACUUGAACAGCAGCGCCACAAAAGACGCAAGCAGAACUAAAAAUCAGUACACAUUUGACAAUGACAUUUCGAACUCGCAAACGAUACGAAUUCGAUAUUGGUUCGUGCUAGGGGUACAGUAAUAUUUUACGAACAUUAAGCCGAGUUUUAGCAUGUUGAAACUGGUUUAUAAUUACAUAUUAUUAAAAUUGACACACCUUCAAACAUCGUGGCUGUUCGUACGGGUUGUCUAGACACGUGUUCGCUCUUCACAAUAAUAUAUACACAAUAAUGUAAGAUUUUGCAUUACUCGAAGCAAUUAAAAAACGAAUCUAAAAUGGCGACUCAAAAUAUUCUGUCCCAUUCGCACAUCCUGUAAGGAAUCAUGUGUUUUGUAUAUUGGUAAGAGUUAUAUAGAAAGAUUUUAAUAUUUAGGUAAGCCUUCUUCACUAAGGUCUAUGAGAAACCCAUAUUAUUAAUGUGUCAAGAAAAUUGUUAAUAUAAUUUUAAUUGAAUAUUUGUUUGUGUAUUAUACGUAAUUUUUAGAUUAUUGAAAAACGACUGCUGUGUCGAUGUUAUCAUUGAUGUGAACUCUUGUGAUAAACUAAUGCCAUGUGCCAAUUUUACUGAAAUAUAUCAAAAUCUUCUAUACGUAA